AUGAUCGACGACAGGCCGAGUAUCGGGAGCUACUCACCUCUCACAGGCUUCGUCUUCAUCUUCAACCUCAUUGUAGGCGCCGGGGCGCUCACCAUUCCGCACGCUUUCGCCAACGUCGGCAUCGUCUAUGGGUCCGUCGCCCUGUGCGUCCUGGCCUCAAUCAGCUACGUGACGGCCACCUUCAUGGUCGAAGCUAUUGCCGGCGUCAACGCACUGCAGCGAUGCAAGAGUGGAUUGGGAGCACUUACCGGCACGACCGACGACGAAAAGCAGUUGCUGGACGAGCGCAGCGACAGCGAGGACAGCGACGCGCACACGGAGUUUGUGCCGCUAAUGGUCGUCAACGAACAACACGAUGUGCUGACGAAGAACCUGCGAGCAAAGACCAGCGAGCCAAAGCUCCACUUCACGCUGUCCAAGAAGGUGGAACUGGCCGAGAUGGCAGAGCUGCUGUUCAGCGACCGGGGUGUUGUUGCGUUCUACGCGUGCAUCACAGUGUACCUGUACGGCGAUUUGGCCAUCUACGCUGUUGCCGUCCCAAAGUCUCUGCGAGAGAUAGUCUGUCCGCGUCCUUCUGCCGACGCUGUCGUCUGGGCGUGCUCGGACAAGCUCAACAGCUCCGAGCUAUACCGUCUGUUUGUCGCGCUCUUCGGACUGCUGCUCGGCCCGUUCACAUUUGGCCACGUGCACAAGACGCGGGCGCUUCAGCUCGUGUCCACUCUUGUCCGCCACGCAUCGUUUGGGCUCAUGAUUGUGCUGGCGAGCAUCGGCGUUGCGCGAGGCCACGGACGCAGCGUGGCUGACGUCAUGAGCUAUGAAAAGCCCUCAAACAUCGCUACCUUUUUCGGCGUGUGCAUUUAUUCGUUCAUGUGCCAUCACAGCGUUCCAGGCCUCGUAGCACCAAUUACGAACAAAGCGAAAGUCGGAACAGUCUUGAUCUCGGCCUUCGUGGCGGUCCUCGGAGUCUAUUUCGUGCUGUGCGCCUCGGCGACCUUCCGUUUCAAGCCAGAAGACGUCGAGGAUGUGUACACACUCAACUUCAAGAACUACCCGGUGCAGGCCUUUGGAUACUUUCUCAGCUUCUUCCCGGUGUUUACGCUAAGCGCGAGCUUCCCGCUCAUCUGUAUCACGCUGCGCGAGAACAUUCGCCACCUCGCAUCGCGCGUGGUCGAGUCAAGGCCAGCGACCGGUGCCAGUCCACCGCGUGGCCUGUGCCAUUUCUUACAACUCAACACAUACGCGCUCGUGGCGCUUCUGCCGCCACUCGUUGUGGCGUUUUUCACUGAAGAUGUGUCGAUGCUCGUGGGAUUCACAGGCACAUACGCCGGAUUGGGCAUUCAGUGGAUUGUCCCCACGUGUCUCGUCUACAGUUUGCGCCACCGGCUAGCAGUGGACUAUACGCACCUGCAGCCGAUAGCGGCAGAAGGCCCGACGUCUGCGAGCACAGUGUCUGGCCAUACGAACCGCUUUGCCAGUCCGUUUGCACACGACGCGUGGCUCUACGUCGUGCUUGGGGUCUCGCUCCUUUCGGUCGUGCUCGUUACCAUUACGCACGGCAUGCGCUGA